CCGACGGGUGACAUACACACCCAAACCCCAUUGGCGAUGGCUUAGUGAUUUUCGGGGUGUUUAAGUGUCAGACACUGUUGGAUUUGGGUUGCACUGGACCAUCCUGAAGAUCAGAUCAAUGCAUGAUCCUGUCAUCAGUAAUCAGACAUCAUAAUCAGGCCAUCUCCAGCUCUAGUGGUAGUUUAACUCUGGGAAAUGACCGAGAGGCCUUACAGAUAAUUUGUGCUUUUGUUGCUGCAGUCCGCAUUUGCCGAGAGACCCCUAUCUGGAAGCACAUUUGUUUCCGUUGUGAGUAUUAACUACCUCAGGCUCUGGAAACUGAUCAAGAGGGAGCCCGGCGAUCUCUCCCGGCAGCUGCGUCUGUUCUACCAGCCCUCUGCUUGAACCCUGACCCGCUGUACGGCCCUCCGAAACCCUCUGACUGACUGGAUCCGUCAGAGCGGUGCAGGCCACAUCACCCUGUAGCUCACGCCAAUCCUCCGUGCUUGCUGUUGAACGGUGUCACUGUUUUUCCUCUUCUGAAAAUUCAUUGUUUUUUGCUGACAGAUUUUUAAGAUUUUUCUAUUUUUAUUAGAGGCCUACGGAAAGAGUUCGGAAAGAAGGGUUUUUCACUUCCAUUUGAAGGAUUGAUUAUGCACUUUGGAUUUUCGGCCAGGAUUGAAGCUGUGCUUGGUGUGUAAGUGAUGUGUAGAUAAUUUUUUUCCCUCCUGAGGCACCUGUGAACCAGUUCUAAGGGAAAAUACCUGAAGCUAAUUGGAGUUGGUGUGCCGUUUUACUGGGAUAUAAACGCAAACGUUUUUGAUGCGAGCAGAGUUGCAGCUGGGCUGCAAGAUUUCCUCAAACCUUGCUUUGCACCGCUGUCCAUCUCUCCGGAGCGGAAUACUGUCAUGACUUCCCCUCUGAUGGGAUCUUUAAGCUAUCUAUUUACUUGAUUCCAAGAAGACCCAAAUUAGGCAUCAAGUACUUGUGCACAUUGAAAAGUCAAGAGUUGUCCACUUCGUGAGGACCGACACUCCCUGGGCGCAUUGAACACUUAUGUAUUGUUGCAGUGCGCAAGAAAGUAAAAUGGACUACAAGCUGCGCUUUUUGCUUGGCGGGUCCAAGCACAAAGUGCAGCAGCACCAGCAGUACCAGUUGCCCGAGCUCAGCCGGACCCUCAGUGCCCCGUUGGGCUCUUCUUGCUCCACCCCUUCUCCCAUGGCGACCAUUGGCUCCUCCCCUUCCGGCUGUCACGCUCCGCCCCCGGGCACCACCACAGCGAUUGCGGACAUCCAACAGGGCAUCUCCAAAUACCUGGACGCGUUGAACGCGUUCUGCCGUGCGAGCGCGUUCCUGACAGAGCUCUUUGGCAGCGUGUUCCGGGACUCCCGUUACUCCAAAGCGGCUAUGCAACUGAAGGACGUGCAGGAACAUGUCAUGGAAACGACCAGCCGGCUCACCACAGCAAUAAAGCCCGAGAUCGGCAAAAUGCUGAUGGAGCUCAGCGCAGGCGCGGCUAACUUCAAAGACCAGAACGACUUCAGCCUGCAGGACGUUGAGGUGCUGGGCCGCUGCUUCCUGACGGUGAUGCAGGUGCAUUUUCAGUUCCUGUCACAGGCAUUGCAGAAAGUCCAGCCGGUGGCGCAGUCCUGCCUGGCGGAGGCGCUGGCGCAGGUUCAGGAGAGACGUGGAAAUGCCCACACACAGAACACAAGUCCCGGACCCCUGACGGAGCUGGAGGAAGCCAUCCGCUCAUGGAAAGGAGCGUCAGAGGUGACUGCGUGUCUCAGGGAGAGAGGGAGAGACGGCUGUCUGUCUGGCAUUCAGGUACAGCAGCUCUUCUGCUCUCAGAACACCUCCAUACCUGAACACCAGCUCAAAGAGCUCAACGCCAAGAUCGACAACGCUCUACAGGCGUAUAAAGCAGCGUUAGACUCUUUGGGUCACAGUGAAUAUGCGCUGAAGGCCGGAUUUCAUCUUAAUCCCAAAUCAGUGGAAGCAGCUUUGCAGGGCUGCUGCAGUGAUGCCGAAGCCCAGCAGGCCGGACGGUUUCACACCACGUCUCAGCCCAUCCAGUGUGAAUUACCCACAAUCCCUGUCCAGAUCGGCUCUCAUCUCCUCCGAGGAGUUUCCUUCAACGAAAGCGCAUCAGAUAACCUCAAGCUUAAAACGCAUGCCGUGCUGCAGCUGAUCAAAGAUGCGGUGGAUCAGAACGGCAUGGCCGUGCGGGACGACUCCCCCGUCACAGAGGUGCUGAACCAGGUGUGUCCCUCCAGCUGGAGAGGAGCCUGUAAGACUGCCGUACAGCUGCUGUUUGGACAGGCUGGACUGGUUGUGGUUGACACGGCACAGAUUGAGAAUAAGGAAGCUUACGCCCCUCAAAUCUGUCUUGAAGGAUCUAAAGUUGUGAUCCAGGUUCCCUCCACAUGGUGUCUGAAGGAGGAUCCAGCCACUAUGUCUCUGCUGCAGCGCAGUCUGGAUCCAGAGAAGACCCUCGGCCUGGUGGACGUGCUCUACACGGCUGUGUUUGACCUCCACCGCUGGAAGGAGCGCAAGGAACAAACUUUGCCCACCAUUCAGAUCCAGCUGCAACGGGACACGACUGAUUAUGGCGGCCCCAUCGAUCUUCCUCCUGGGAACAGCACCAAAUCCUCUAGCGGCCUCCCGAAAACCAUCUCCAAGCUCACCUCACGCUUCACCAAGAAAACCUCGUCCAACUCCAGUGCAGGGGGCAGUUACUCCAUCCCCAGCACCCCGUCUCGCAGCAGCGGCAACUCAGACGACAAAACCGGACGCCUGCACAGCAUCCUGCAGAUGAGCAGCAUGCCGUGCACACCCGACCCCAGCCACGCGCAGAUCGCCAACGGUGCGUCCUCGGACGAGCAAGGCAUGAACCUGCCCACCGACCAGGAGAUGCAAGACGUCAUCGACUUCCUGUCGGGGUUUAACAUGGGAAAAUCCCAGCAGGCAUCUCCGCUGGUGAAGAGAAGGAACUCGGUCGCGUCCACAAACGCGGCCGACUUGAAACCGCCGGCUCCGCCAACCUCGCAGUCUCAAGUGUCUCAUGCUGUGCAGACGUUGGCGCAAACCUUGCAGCAACCGACACAACAACAACAGCAGCAACUUCCUUCAACACCAAAACAGCAGCAAACACAGCCGCAGACGCAGCCGACCUCACAGGCCCUGCCGUUCUACCAGCAUCUCUUGCAGCCGAUCGGUCAGCCGCCACAGCAGCAGCAGGCGGCCCCAGUUUCGCCCCAGCUUUCUUCCCAGCAGCCUCCGCAGCCGAGAGCUCCCAGCAAGUGGCCCCAGGGUCCUUUGGGGGGCCUGUCACCGAUCGGGCCCUUGACGCAGUGGCCUGCCCCGGGUCUGCCGGACCUCAGCUCUGACCUCUACAGUCUGGGGCUGGUCAGCACGUACAUGGACAGCGUCAUGUCUGAGAUGCUCGGCCACAAGCCCCCGCAGGGACCACGCAACAACACCUGGCCCAACCGAGACCAAAGUGAGCAGAGUCUGUUUGGGGUGUUGGGAGACUCCAUGCCCUUUGACCCUGCAGUGGGCUCGGAUCCAGAGUUUGCGCGUUAUGUUGCCGGGGUCAAUCAGGCCAUGCAGCAGAAACGACAGUCGCAACAUGUUCGUCGCCCCAGCAAUACCCGCAGUAAUUGGCCCCACCCUGACGAGCAGCACAGGGGCUGGCCACACCCAGAAUACUACAGUGAGGGGGAGGCGGUAAACAGCGGCUGGUCAGCCAAUCAGGGGGAUUCAGCCAGCUCGAGUGACGAGACCUCCUCGGCCAAUGGGGACAGUCUGUUCUCCAUGUUCUCUGGGCCUGACCUGGUGGCGGCUGUUAAACAAAGACGGAAACACAGCUGUGGUGAACAGGAAGUGUGCACUCUGCCCUCUCCUCCACUGCACCACACCAGUGACGACAGUAACCAGGACAGCAAAACUAAAACAUGGCCUCCUAAAGCCCCCUGGCAGCACUCCUCACACACCAACACCAUGCCCAAUCCCAGCUCUUCCCUCUACCAGAUGACCAUCCCCUCCAGCCAAUGGGGCGACUCCAUGCAAAUGUUGCAGUCUCCAGUGUGGUCGACGGCCAAUGACUGCCCUCCAUCCUCCGGGAUCUCCUCCGGCUUCCCGUUCACACAACAACAACAACAACAACAACAGCAACAGCAACAGCAGCAGCAGGUUUCCCAGCACAAGAUCCUGAGCAAAGGCUUCAAAACCUUCCCGCUCAAACCCGAGCAUCGACCCUCAUACCUACACCAGUACUGAGCUGGACCCGUGCUGGGAGAGGUCGCCCUUCCCUCCGCUCAGAUGUGAACCCAUAAAAGGUCAUGUCGGGCAGCGGAAGGAUGCUAUUUUAUAAUCAGAACACGGCCGUCAUCCGGAGCUUCGUAGAACCUAGCUGGGAUUGUUCAUCUUGUGGUGAAGUGUGCCGUAAACCCACGUGAACCUGGUCUAGACUCCAACCUUGUGAACUAGAAGUGUUUUUAUAGGGAAAUUUGCAUUUAACAUAGUGGUUAAUAACAUUUUUGUACACAGAUGCGUGUUAAACAUCCCCAAACAGAAACGUAACUGCCUUCCACGCUGUCCAAACGAUGCAUGAUUCAUGUUAACAAACAAACAGCAGCUAGUCGGACCAUUUCACUGGCGGCCGCAUCCGCACGACUGAAGACGGAGCGCGCUUCGGUCUCGCGGUGGCGGCUUUCGGCUUUGAGUUUACACGCCGCGUCUCCCGAUAUGCAUGGCCACCGUGCUCACUCACAGCGCACUAUUGCAGCCGCAUAACGAAGAUUCGGGGGUCCUGGUUCGCUAACCGGACGUCCCAUAUAACGAUACUGUGUUUAAAUAGCUGUAACUGCCAAAUGUCAUGUGGGACGACCCAGACUGCAGCUCUCAGCUACUGUUCCAUAGCUUGUAAAUGACUCGGAAAAAAGACACAAAAAAGAACUAUAAAUAAUUUACUUUUUAUGAAGAGGCUUUGAGCAGGCUCGGCAGAAAUAUAAUAAUCAUAGCAGAGGUGUAAUUUGAAAGAAAUACACUACUUUUUCAACGUCUGACAGAUUAAAAAAUAAAAAAUAAAAAAGAUGUUAGCAGUAAGUAACUUUGUGCCAUGUUGUUUUGAAUAGCACUUGCAGAUAUUUUUCUCUAACCAAAGUAUUGUUUAGAGGGGGGAAAUGGUGCUUGAAAUUAGAAAAAAAAAAGAUAUGCCGUUUGGGAGUCGUAGUAGUAGUUAUAUCUAGAAAGAGAGAGAGAAAAAAAUCCUUUUAUGAAAAACACACAACCCCUUCAUUGCGUUUGUUUUCCCAUUGGCUUUCUUCAGAACGACACUAACACUUCCCAUAAAUAUAACAUUUUAUUCCUUUCAAAUACAAUAUAUUUCUUGUACAAAUAUUGACAGUAUUAAUCUUAUUUUUGUAUUUUCUUACACAUUAUACCAUUACUCUAUAAGUUAGCAUAAUAUAGGCUUAAUAAAAAUAAGUAAAACGUUAUUUUCCCAAGAUGUGAAGCACAUUUUUUUCUUUCCUACAGAGUUUAACUGUACCUUCUUUCUACAGAGGUUACCAAAUACGCCAUUAUAAACACUAAUAAAUGGUUAUGGUCGGAUUGGGGUGGAUUUUGUUUUUUUGGUUAUUUUUGAGCCCAGAUUCCGUUGGUUUCUGAGGUUUCGGGCUGCAUCUUAAAAGCCCAGAAUGUUCAUUUCGUGACGUUUGCCGAUGCCAAUGUUGCCUGUAUUUAUGAUAUGACCAUGUUUUCUGAAAACUAACAUACUUACCAUGUUUACAGAGAAUCGUUUGCUGUAUAUAAAUAUAUCUUUUUAUAGUUCUGUGCUUUGCACAAUCAAAAAUGUAGGUUCGUUGCUUCGUCCGUGUUUUUCCUCCCAAACUGUUUCGGCUUUUUUUUCUUUUAAAAGAUAAAACAUCUUCAAUGACCUUGGACUGUAAUGCUCAACAUUUCUCAGCUGUGUCAAAAUGGUUUACUAGUGGCUUCAAAAAAAUUAAAAGGAGUUUAAAAAAAGAAAAAAAAAGAGAAAGAAAUGAUGUUGCCCUGACAGAAGACGUGAGGGGCGACUGCUUGGCUUAUGUUGCUUAUUGUUCACUAGAGCUGGCAACUGAUUAUUUCCAAGUGUACCAGCAAUGCAAAAAAUAAAUAUAUAACAUAACA